CUAUUGUGGUCCCUUCUUGUCUUAAUAUUUGUGCAAAUUGGAGGGACGGGAGCGGUGACUACAAGUCUAUAUAUAGUCCCUUUGUUCCACUAAGCAAACCCAUCUACUUAUCCAGGCGUCUGCAACGGUGUCUCCUCUCGUCGUCGUCGAAGCUUUCUAUCCUCUUUCGACUCUGACUCUGACUCCCUUUUACGACGGCGUUUUAGCACAAAUCUAAUCAAUGGCUGGUUCUCUCUCUAACGCUAAACUUUUCUUCUCCCUUGCGGCUGACAACAUCUGCGUUGCCCCCCAAUGGCGGGGAUUCGCUGCAGUCUCACAAGGAGUUGCAGGAUUCGGAAGUAGAAAAAUGGGGAAAUCAACCAAAGAAGACAUCGAAAGGUCAGUAGAGAAGUCAUGGAUCCCGGAUCCGGUUACUGGUUACUAUCGACCAGCAAAUCGUGCGGCUGAGAUUGAUGUUGCUGAGCUUCGUGAAAUUCUCCUGAAGCAGAAGAUUAGAUCACAGUAAAUUUGUUUUUAAAAAAAAAUUUGAGAACCGAAAGAAGAUGAUGAUCGAUGAUGCCGUUUACGGUUUUGACAAUUGACCGUCGGUGAGAUUGUUGGGUUGAUUAUAUAAGAAGAUGAUAGAGUGCUUUUAUUAUUUAUACGAUGAUAUGAUUGAUGAUUGAUGAUAUUGUAACUCAUUUUAGUACCUUAUCCUUACCCAUGCCAUGUUAUGGGAUUUCAUCUAAUAAUGAUAUUAAUGGGAAUAUGGGAUAAACUGUGUAAGAUAGAGAUGUUUGGCAAAUAAAUAUUGGUCAUUGGUUGUUA